AUGAGCACUGAAUUACCUGACGAGAUCAAGCGAUGGACGGCAAAGCGCCGCACUGCCCUGGUUCUCGAGAUCCUGCGCGGAGAAACCACGGUCAAUGAGGCCGCGCGCAAGCAUGACCUCAAGCCCUCGGAUAUCGAGCACUGGAAGGAGACCUUCCUGGCCGCUGGAGAGAAUGGUCUCAAGAGCAGACCCAAGGAGGAGCUCGAGCGCAAGGACGCCGAGAUCAAGAAGCUCAAACAGAAGGUCGGCGAGCUGGUCAUGGACAUCGACAUCCUCAAGGACGUGCAGGAAAAGAAGACCGGCAAAACCGCAAAGGUCAUCGACCUGGCGAAAGCCAAGCGCGAGAAGGAGCUGACGGCCAGGAUUCACGCGCUGGUCAAGACGCACCCGAGCUGGGGAUAUCGCAGGAUCUGGGCGUGGCUCAGGCAUCGCGACAAGCUGCUCAUCAACAACAAGCGUGUGCGUCGCAUCAUGCGUGAGAACAACUGGCAAGCUCGCAAGAUCAUCCGCACGCCGAGGCCGCGUGUGCAGGAGAGGAAGUCGGUGUCCAGUCAGCCAAACGAGCGCUGGGCCAUAGACGCGACGAGCUUGUGGAGCGAAGAGGACGGCUGGAUAGGCGUGAUGGCGGUGAUCGACUGCUGUACGCGGGAGAUCGUGGGUUUCGACAUCGCCAAGCGAGGAAGGGCGGUCGAGGCAGAAAGAGCGUUGGAGCAAGGGUGUCUGGAGCAGUUCGGGCUGGUGUAUCCCAAGGGAGAA